AUGGAUGGCCGCGUCUCUCAGACUGGCGGAGGCUCGGCUCGUUGGAGCGACGGCGAACGGAGGGCACCACCUCACCAAAUGAUGGGCGACAACGGCCAAGUCGCGAGCAUGUACUUGCAGGAGCGAGUGCCUGAGACCUUCAUCCUGCAGCGGAUUCACGCGAGUUUGCCGGCUGGCUGCUCCGAUGUGCAGGGCAGGUGCUGUCCGACCUCGCCUAGGCCGAAGGUGCAAGCGGCCGAGUGGUUGCGCUCCGUCAACCGCAGCUGCGCGAACUUGGAGGCGAUGCUCAGCACCAAGCUUGAUCAGCACAGCCAGGUCUGCCUGGAUGAGGUGCAAGCGAUCGAGGCAGCCGACACCGGCGAGGAGCCCGACGUGUUGGAGCUGCCGACGCGGAGCAUUCCUCCCAACUGCCGAACCGAGGACUACCUCCGAGAUCUUCGACACAUUGUUCGAUUGGUCAGUCCUGGAUUACCAGCAGCUGCAAGACUGCUCGAGGGUGUCGUGAAAGGUGUCGUGAUGGCCUUUGAUGCCGAGCUGCAUGCGGUGCACCUGGAGCUUCACAUGCGCAAGGCCAACUUGGGCUCUUUGGAUGAAGCUCGGGCGGAGAUCGAGCAACUGAGGACGGAACUGGCAACCUUGCAGCAACAGAACAGCGACCUCAAGAAGCAGCUGAACUCGGCGGACGAUGUGAAACAGGCGGAGAUCCGGACCUACCAAGAGAAGGUGGACAAGCUCAAGGACGAGCUGGGCCGCCUUCAUCCAGAUGAUGGCUCUGUGGAGGGGGUGGCGCACAUCAUGGACAAAUGCGCGAACCUGCUCUUGGAUUUGGAGGAGGAGUCCGCGGUGCAGACUCAGAUCCUUCAAGACAUGAGUGAGUACACGGCACACAUCGUUCAGGAGACGGAUGACUUGGACCCCUCGAAGAUCCAGCUUCACCGGCCUGGCCGAGUGAUUGAGCUUCCCAGCGGAGAGCUCCAGCUCAGACCAUAUUCAGUGGACGAGCAGUCCACUCAAGUCAUUGAGACUGAUCUGCUGAAGGUGGAUCACGACGCACCAGUCAAAUACCGUACGCCGACGCUGCGCAACAUCUUGGCAAACUUCCAAGGUCGGGAAGUGAAGAAGAUGACUGUGAAGGAGCUUGAGGCCGAAGUUGACAGAUUGUACACGGCCAAGGCAGCCGCAGACUCGGAAGCCGACGCAGCUCACCUUCCUCGCUCCGAACUGCCAGCGUUCGUCGUGGAGUACUACUUGGAGCAGCUGGGCACCGUCACUGCAGCGCAGGAGAAGCUGUGCAGCAUCAUGGCCUGCAUCCGCACGGCGGAGCGAACAGCACAGUUGACGCCACCAUCUUUGAAGGUUCAGCUCUUCGCGCGGUUUCUGCAAUACUGCACAAGCAAUCAGGCGCUGCCUCUACCGGUCCUGGAUGUCGCAUUGCGCGCAAAGCGCUUCGCGCAUGCUUCUGCAGGUCGACACAAGACGGACUCCUCGUCUACGGCCAUGCACAAGCUGGCGAGCAUGUCGCCGAGCCCGCGCGCCGGCCGUUUCGGCCACAGCGUUCAGGCCAAGAACGAUGAUUCCGAAGUGCACCUAACCAUCCCAAACGCCUGGGAUUCCGCUACGAAGGCUUUGCCCUUCGGCGGGACCGUCAUUUCGAGAAGAGAGCUUUUCGUGUGCUUGAUGAAGUUUGCAACCUUCCCCGAGGAUUCCAGGCAUCCCCAGGCAGACAUGAACGACUUCUUCUUCUUGCUGCUGAUCGUCCACGAUCGCCUCCGCCGCGAGGCAGCUUCGAAAAUGAGAAAUCUGAUUGCCAGAGUCGAGAAUCGUGGCACAGUAACUUGCGACGAGUUCCGGGAUGCGCUUCGAGAUGCUCAGAUCUUGGGUAUCGACGAUGCCAUAUGGAGGUCCAAGCUAUGCCCCCCGGCCGCCCUUGGAACUCAGGCUGCUUUGUCCGAAGCCUUGGUGUUGGAAUACCUUGGUGGUGGCUCACACGGCAAGCUGACCAAGGGUUACAUCACGGAGUCCCAAAUGCUCUGGGCAACGGUCGAGGCGGUGGCCGCUGAGCUGCACGACCGUGUCGAAGGCCUUCGCAAGAUCUACCGCAAUCACAAGAUUGACGACAAGAACCAGGACGAGCGGGUUUGCCGGCUGAAUUACGCGGAUUUCAAGGGCCUCAUCCAGGCGCAGGAUCCGAGCAUCUCCAACUCCGCUGUUCGAUCUUUGUUCAUCGCCAGCGUGGAGGCCAGCCGCUCUUGCUUUCAGUAUGAGGGAGAUGCUUGCCCAGCCACCGGCACCUUGGAUCCGGCGCCCAACGGACUCUACGGAGGUGACAUCGUGACGCUGCAGCACAUGGGCCUCGCGGUUGUGAAAACGCUGAUGAAAGACCAGGUGGUAGACUGGACGGCGGGCAAAUCGGCACCCACUGACAACAAAUCCGUGGAGAACAGUCCGUCUGGCAUGUCUGCAGCCUCUGCAGCACCAAGCUUCCAGUUGGGCAAGUCGCCAAACGGCAGCGCUCGCGGGAUGAAGCCGCCACGCCUCAACCGAUGA